AUGUCCUUUGGGAAUAUGCAAUAUCAGCAGAAUUUUCAACAGCAGCAGCAGCUUCAGAGACAACAACAGCAACAACAUCCGCUGUUGGCAGCCAUUUCCGGAAAUAAUUAUGCCCACGGUCAAAUACAACGCGCCCACCACCUCUGGCCUCAGCAGAUGCCGCAUUAUGGGUAUGGGCAUGGUCAUCCCCUUCAGGCCGCUGGCAGUAACAACCACAACGGCGCUUACGCGAGCGCCGCAAGCGCCCACUCGGGCUACGGCAGAAUGGAUCCAUCUGUGGAGUAUGAGCUGCAUCAGUCGCCGCACUCAGCCUCGGGCAGCUACUCCUCCUAUCAGCCGUCAAGCAGCGGCAGCAGUGGGCCAGCAUAUCCGCCACCACCUCUGCCACAUUAUGGACCGCCACCACAAUACCAUAGCUCCGGUGGCAAGCCGCCUGCAGCUAUGAAGAAGAGCAAGAACAACAACAACAAGAAGAAGAGCGCCUCGGCUGUGAUGUCGUCGCUAACGUUACUCUCGUUCUUCUUCUUUGUGAAUUUGUUGCAGAACUGCAUCAAGGAUCACAUGGCCACCAUGAAUCCCACCGUCAUGGUUCUAACGGCCACAAACGGCCGCAAUCGUUUCAAUAAAUUAGCUGAAAUGAACUCACGCGAACAAAGCUCCUCUUCAACGGCAUCGAGCGCCACUUCGUCUUGGCUGGCGUCAGAGACAAUGGAGGGGGCUGCAUUGACGCCAUUGGCCAGCGCAGCGCCCGCUGUGCCCAUUGUAACGCCUGCCGUGACUUUGCAAUCGCCAUACAGCCCUAAUAAGCAGCAGCAGCACAGCAAACCAGCGCAAGCUUAUAAUCAUUAUGCGCAACACGAUGACGAUGAUUAUAAUUACGGGCAACGCACACCUUAUUCCCAAUCCCAAUCGCAAUCGCAAUCCGAUGUCCAUGCAACAUCCACCCAUAGUGGCGCCGAUUUCUAUCCUAAUCGCACACAUAUUGACCAACAGCGUCCCACUGAUUACUACCAGCACCACUAUAGCAACUACCCCGACAGGCAUCAUUACACAGACCCGGGCUAUCCUUGGUCUUACAGAGGCGACUCGCAUGUGAGCAACAAACGUUACUCAUCCGCACCGUGGUCUUCAGCUUCGUUGGGCGCUCAUUCGGGCGUGAGCUCUUACUUGGAUAAUGUGCGGCAAAGGGGCAGUGAUGCUAAUGUGGUAGAGAUAUUGAAUUGUGAUUGCCGUUUGAAGAUUAGUCUCUGGUGA